CUAAUAAAAUUAUUUUAGCAACUGAGAAAUGUUAUAACUAGGAGGAGAUGAAUAAAUUAGUAUGAUAUAGGACGAAAUCACAAUUCUAGAAUUCCAAACUCUAGAUGGUCCUAAUUAUUGUAUCAAAGUAAUAGAAUAUUUUAAUAAGAUUAAUGAAAACACAAAAAAGUAAUUCGGCUAGGUGAAAUACUUAAAUAAUGAAGAGCGUUUUGUGAAGGUCGAUUAGGCUUAAAAAUUUAAAACAACAGUUUAUGACAACCUUUAAAAGUAUAUAGAAGCACAUUAGUCAGAUUAAGAUAGUUAAAUUCAAUAAUAAUUACCAUAACUUUCAAAUAAAUUAUAAGGUAUUAUUGUUUACGUAAGUUAGAUAUUAUUGAAGAAAGAGAUUAUCAAUUAUUUAAAUCACUUAAAAGAUAAGAACUAUUCGACUUAGCAUGUUUGGCUGAAUUUUUAGUAUAUGAAAAUCUAGCCGAGCUAAUAAUGAGAAUAAUACUUUUCCAUUUAGCGGGUAUAUUUACAUACUUAUCAAAGAGAAGACUAAAAAAGAGAUAGAUAAAUGGAUAAAGGAAGAGUGAAUAUAGAUAUAAAUAUAAUUUAAAAUCAUAAACA